AUGGUCCUGAGGCCGUCUGGGGCCGCUCUGGAGUGUGCUCGGCACGUGCUCGCGGCCGCAAGCCAGUGGCGCGCCAAGUGCAACCGCAGUGCGAAACUAUAUGUCGGAAAGAGGGACGGCCAGGACAAGGGCAGCACCGCUGGAGGUGGCGGGGGGCUCGUUCCAGCUUCGCAGGCAGACCUGGUUGCUGUUCUCGGGAAGACUUUGGAGGUUACCGACGAUCCUCUGCUCAAGCGAUCUCUCACGGCCCGGAUCAAAGUGCACAAGGACGUGGCCAAAAGCGUUCCAGCUUCAGCCCCAAAGGAUGCUUCGACUAAGGCCAACGGGAACCUUGUCAAGGCGGAGGAGUGCAAGGCGCAGGCGAUCUACAACUUUGCGGCCGCCGAGGACGCCAAGCGCUUGGCCACGGAGGCGUUCGGCAAGACGUCGGGUGUCAUUCCAGUCGGGCUACCCACCGCCUCUGAGAAGAAUGGUACAGCGACUAGCGAGGCGGCGGCCGUCGGCAGCGGUGGCAGCAGCGAGAAUCGCAUCAAGACCGCGGCAGCUCGGCUCAGCGCAGCCAAGCAGGGGGCGGCGCAGGCGGCCGGCAGGCGGCGGCCGUGGCGGCCGAGAGUCCAGACCGAGAGUCGAGACCAGCUCUACCCCAUCAGCCAGUUCAGGUCUCAGUUCAGGGUCGAGCAGUCCAGGUCUCUCCCGUUCCGCGGGGUGCGCCCGGGGCCCCGCGGCGGCCAAGGUGCAGGGAGGUUCCCGGACGUCUGCGCCGUAGAGGCGGCGGAGCAGAAGCUGCAGCAGGCUCGCCGCGCGGCGGCGCCGUUCCGCCCAGACGGCUGCCGCGACGGGCAGCAGCGGUCCGGGGGCAACAUGGACAGCACGCAGGCGAUCAGCUCGCUGCGGUCCGAGAUCCUCGCCCGCAUGGAAGACAAGGGCGUCCCAGCGCCGGCGCCGCCCGGCAGCGGGCCGCUUGGCAGCGCGCUGAGGCAUGGCGAGGCUGCUGCUGCCGCCCGCCUGCAGGAGCGGCCCGGCCCCUGGCCGCCCGUCCAGCCCACCGGGCCAGGGGGCGAGUUCCGGGGGCAGGAGCUCUGGCAGGAAGAGGUACUGGGGCCGCCCCUCAUCCUGGAGAGCCGGGACAGGUCCGCGCCCGCCGCGCUGCCUUGGUCCUCCAAGCGCCGGCGGCUGUGCGGGAACCUGCGGCUGCCGGGCCCGCAGGACCUGGCGGCCGCGCUGGGGCGGGGCGGCGAGCGGCGGCGCCUGCGGGUCGGCACGGACUGCGCGGGGGCGGAGGCGCCGCUGCUGGCGCUCCGGGAGAUCUGCACGACGCUGGGGCAGUCGCACGGGAUCGAGGUCGGCGUGGACCACCUGUUCUCUUGCGACGUGAACUACGCGUCCCGCGAGUUUAUCGCGCGUAAUACCCAGCCGGCGGCGCUGUUUGGAGACCUCCUCGCACGGGACGUCAUCUCGCACUGCCUGCUUGCAGAGGCUCCACGGAUGGUCCCAAGCGACAUGGACAUCUACGUGGCCGGAUUUCCGUGCAAGGAUUUUUCGAUGUUGAACCAUGCCCGACCUUGCCUCGAGGGCCCCAACGCUGCUAUCUACGAGGGCGUGGUGCGCUACAUCCAGCAGCACCGGCCGCGGGCCUUCAUCCUGGAGAACGUGUCGGGCUUGUUGAUAAAGAAGAAGGAUCAGGCGGAAAAGCCAGUGGACGUGGUGAUGCGGACAUUGAGGGCCAUCCCGGGUUAUCAGGUGCGUGGUUGGAAGGUGAACACUGUCGAAUAUUGGCUGCCCCAGAACCGCAAGCGGGUUUACAUUGUGGGCGUCAACACCGACCGGGUAGUGUUGCGGAGGCCCCUCGAAGAGUGGGGGCCGUUCCUCCAUGCGCAGAAGGGCGCGCCGAGACAGCCUGCGCACUCGUUCAUGCUGUCGGACGAGGAGCCCGAGGUGCUCGCCGAGUAUGAGCGGGCCCUGGACCGCCACAGGCGCAUGCGGACCAGGGGCUUCCUCCACGCCGCGGCGAGGAGGCAGGCCAUAGCGGGCCGCUACGGCCACAAGUGGGUGCGGACGCACCAGCGGAGAGCGGGAGGCUAA